GCCGUCUUCACUUGGUCCAAUCUCUUGGUGGUUGUUGUGGAACUGGUGGGAGAAGAGUCCGACGCCCUCAAUCUCGUCCAUCCUGUCACUGCCAGCGUCCUCCGCGAGCACCAGUUAAUUGUAGGUGUGGUGGUGGUAACAGAUCGCGGCACGGUGCGCAUCGACCUGCACGGGGAGAAACAGCGUAUCCUGUUGAGGGACAGCUUUGUCAAUGACAAGCUGGAUCCCAUCUACGUUUCCUACAACAUGUGA